AUGGCGCUGGAGGGCGGCGCUGGAGGGAGGCCGCAGGCGACGAGGGAGGGCGGCGCUGGAGGGAGGCCGCAGGCGACGAGGGAGGGCGGCGCUGGAGGGAGGCCGCAGGCGACGAGGGAGGCCGGCGCUGGAGACGGAGGGCGGCGCUGGAGACGGCGCUGGAGGGUGGCGACGAGGGAGGCCGGCGCUGGAGACGGCGCUGGAGGGAGGGAGGCGACGCUGAGGCCGCUGGAGGUCGCCGCGGGCGCUGGAGACGGCGCUGGAGGGAGCGCCGUGGCGAGCCCGAAGCUCGCCAUCGGGCCGGACGCGUUGAGGGAGGCGACGCCGAGCUCGUUGGAGGUCGCCGAGGGAGCCGGGGGCCGUGGGAGGGAGGUCGCCGGUGGCUGGAACGUCGGAGGGAGGGGGGACAGGACUCGCUGGAGGGAGGCGAUGAGAGGAAGAGGCUAG